CCACCACCACCACCACCACCGUCUUUCUCUCUCUCUCUCUCUCUCUCUCUCUCUCUCUCUCUCUCUCUCCCUCCCUCUUGGCUUCUUCAUAGCUCCCUUCCAAACCUCCAGCGGUAGAAAGCAUCAAUGGUAUCCUCUUCUCAUGCGGCUUCGCUGUACUGCGCCCUCGUCUUCGCAGCCCUCGUGCUGUUGAGCAGCUCGCGAAAGGCCCAGACCCUCGCGAACGGCGGCGGUGACACCUACACCGACGUCAGGGGCGCUCAGAUCCUGGAGCGGCCGUGCGACGAGAUAUACGUGGUGGGCGAGGGUGAGACGCUGCACACCAUCGGCACCAAGUGCGGCGACCCUUUCAUCGUCGAGCGCAACCCUCACAUGCACGACCCAGACGAUGUUUUCCCGGGGCUUGUCCUGAAGAUCGCUCCUUCUUUGAGGUCUGGGAAUUGAGUUUGGCAUCCAUAGUUGGUUAGGCCAAUUAUAUUCAAAGUUUUGCUUGCUUUUUCUUCCUGGUUUAUCAUAUAUACAUAUGAUGUGUUUUUGUAGAUAUAUACGUUUCAGAGUCUUGUGAAGCUGCUGUUCUGAUAUUCACAAUCAGACCGGUUUUUCAAAGUUAUGUGAAUAUUUUUUAGAUUCUUGUGAA